AUGGCUAUCGAUGCUAUCCGCACAUUUGACCCAUGCCAGCUAUCAGGCCGUCUACGCACACUGGAGGGUGAUUCCAUACCUAUCGAAGACCAGUAUCAGACAGAAUUCUACCGCUGUCUUUCUCCACUGCUGCUCGAGUAUCAGAUCAAAAUGGCUCCGGAAUUCCUGAUCAAAACAGGUGUGAGGAGCGGAAGAAUCGAUUUUCUGAUUGAGCAGAAGUGGGGGCUGGAAUUACUAAGAAACAGCGAUCGUAUCAGACAACAUAUGCAACGAUUUGAGGAAGAUGAAGAUUACAUUGUUCUAAAUUUUACUCGGAAUGUGCCGCAGAAGGGCUAUCCAGAAUAUCGCGGUCAUCUGUACCAUGUGGUCUUUACUAACGAUUUUCGGAUUGUUCGGAUCAUCGAUGCCUCGGAUCUGACGGAAGUUAUUACCCUUGUUCUAGUAGAGAACCCACACUUUCUCCGCUAG